ACGGAGUACUACUGGUUACGAUAGACUUGUGUAGAACAUUCGAGAAGGGGUUUGAAGGAGGUGAGAGUGAGAGGUCUCCAGAAGCAUCCAGAUUUAUAUUAUCCCAAUCCUCUUCCAUCAAUAAAAGUAAUCUGUUCCUUGAGAGAUUUCCCAUUCGUUAAGCUACUGAGAAAAUUCUGUCUGCGGUUUCAAUCUCGAAUUGGCUUUCUGUUUUCUUGUAAAGAAUGUCCAUCAUUCCGAACUUCUUCGGCCGCCGAUCCAACGUCUAUGAUCCCUUCUCCCUGGACGUCUGGGAUCCGUUCGAGGGGUUCCCCUUCCCAAGCAAUUUCCGAUCGUUUUCCGACCAAUUCUUCUCAAAUCUGCCGACCGAGACCUCACAGUUUGCAAGAGCACAUAUCGACUGGAAGGAGACGCCGACGGCUCACGUGUUCAAGGCGGACGUGCCGGGGAUGAAGAAGGAAGGGGUUAAGGUGGAGGUUGAGGACGGAAGGAUCCUCCAGAUCAGCGGAGAGAGGAGCCUUGAGAAGGAAGAGAAGAACGACACUUGGCAUCGCGUAGAACGGAGCAGUGGCAAGUUCUUGAGGAGGUUCCGAUUACCGGAGAAUGCCAAGGUCGAUCAAGUGAGAGCGAAGAUGGAGGAUGGCGUGUUGACUGUUACCGUGCCGAAAGUGAAGGAGGUGAAGAAGCCCGAUGUAAAGUCGAUUGAGAUCUCUGGUUGAGUUGAUUAGAUUAUCUGACUAGUGCUUCUCUACUUGGUCCUUUUGUAAUGUUAGUAUGGGUGGUAAAUUGUAGGAUUACAUAUGAAAUUUAACAACCACGGACCACGGAGGUGACAUCUUUUUGUCUUGGGGUUGAGCUGAUGGAUGCAAUAUUCGUGUCUGUACUGGUAUAGUGCUUUACUGUAUGAGCGUGGUUUUGUAAAAAAGUCCUUAGUUUCUUACUGUCUUGCCAGCUUUCUCAAUCUCAAUUGUUUCUGCGAUCCGAGGUUUUGAUCGUACUUGCACAGUGUAAUAGACAAUCCGAUAGAGAAUUUAGAAUA